AUGAAUCAGAUUUUUCAUAAAUAUCUCGAUAAGUUUGUCGUUGUGUUUAUCGAUGAUAUUUUGAUCUAUUCGAAGAGUGAAGAGGAUCAUGAUAAGCAUUUGAGGAUUGUUUUAUCUGUAUUGAAAGAGAAGCAGUUGUUUUCUAAACUUUCGAAGUGCGAGUUUUGGUUGAAGGAAGUGAGUUUCCUUGGCCGUGUGAUAUCUAGUGGUGGUAUUUCGGUUGAUCCUUCUAAGAUUGAGGUUAUAUCUCAAUGGGAAGCGCCGAAAUCUGUGUCUGAGAUUCGUAGUUUUCUUGGUUUGGAAAGUUAUUAUCGAAAGUUUAUUGAAGGCUUUUCUAAGUUAUCUUUGUCGUUAACGCAGUUGAAUAGGAAAGGUCAAGCUUUCAUUUGGACUGCACAGUGUGAAGCUAGUUUUCAAGAGCUUAAAAGGAGAUUGACUACUGCUCCUGUUUUGAUUUUACAGAAUCCAUCAGAACCAUUUGUUAUGUAUUGUGAUGCUUCAUUUAUGGGUUUAUGA